AUGAUUCUCUGCGAUAAGAAGGAGUUGGAACCGGUGUUGCUGCCACUCUUUUGCUCGAUGUACUGGCUCCGACUCGUGUACAGCCUUCAUGGAGAGCGCUGGCUGGGGCCCUACCUCCUACCGAUUAUUUCAGCCGUCCGAGACACCGGGCCGUUCUUCUUCGUCACCUCCCUUUGUAUCGCCGGUGCGACCCAUGCUUACGUGAUCAUGAACCCCAGAGGCGAGGACGAAUACCCCAUAUACUCUUCCUUCCUGCACACGGUUCGAUUGGCCAUUUUCGGAGAUUUUGACAUGUUUGAGUACCAGGGCCAGGACACCACCUUUCAGCUUGUGGAAAACGAGUGGGUGCCGAAUGACCCCAGCCCGACAGAUUUGGGAUGGUACCGAGACAUUCUCUACGGACUCUACGGGCCUUACAUCAGCCUGCAGCUGUGCUUCUUCUGCACGGGGAUCGGCAUUACGGUGCUGCUCAUGCUGAUUGCCAUCCUAGGCCAGAACUACGAGAUGCACCAGGGUCGGGCGCAGGUGCUCUUCAUGCAGGCCCGUGCACGUAUGCUGCUGGAGAUGGUCAUGGAGCCUGCUUUCCGUCGUCAGCGGGCUCAUUACCAGAAGGAUAUCUUUGAUCGAUUCAUGCAGAAGGUGUGGCGUGUUCUCUGCCCUGUCUCGAAGCACCCCCUGUUGCGCUUUGGCAUCCUCAUCGUCUGUCUGGUUUUGCUCCUCACGUCCUUCAUGGGCCUGCUGAUUUAUGUGCUCAUGGGCGCCAUCGGCUUUACUGGCAUUCGCUACACGAUCAAUAGCAGCUUCUUCGGCUUGUUUGGAGAUCGCUUCGCCGAGGAGUGCGAGAUUUUUGCAUUGGUCCGGACGGACGCCGCGUCGGACGAUCUGCGAAGCAUGCGUAACGACCUAAAGGACUUGAGAGACAUUGUCAUUACACUUUGCAGAGAUCCUGCUACUUCCCUGCGCACUCGUAUGCAGGAAUUGCUGCCGCCUCGGAAAUAA